AUGUAUGACUUGUGGUGUGAUAAAAUCAGCGGCUCCAGCAAUGGCUUUCUCUGUGUUGAAAUAGACAAGUAUGCUAUGUCUCCUUCUUCCCUUUUAUUGUGUAAUCCAGCAACUAGAGAGGUUAGAAAUGUUCCUAGAAGCAGAACUAUGGAUGGUUUUAAGGGUAUUUGCUCUUUAGGAUUUGGUUUUAGUCCAGUUAUCAAGGAAUAUAAGAUAGUCAGAACUUAUGCUGCGCAGUUUAAUACAGAGGUGAAUCGAGUGGAAGUGUACUCAUUAAGCACAGGGUCAUGGAAAGAAAUAGAACCGGUCAACUUGAAGCGAAUAGCUGGAAUUUUUUAUGGGGAAACUGUAAAACUUUUAAUGGAGCUGUGUAUUGGACUGGAUCAAAGCUACCUGUGGGGGAAGACAAAAUUUUUGUGGUAG